AUGUUGAUAUGUAUGUGUCUGAUGCGCGACAUCGAUGGCAUUACCAUGCAAUCUUCGCUCUAUAAAGCAAGCAAGCAAAUAAACGAACGCAGACAAUAUCAUUUAUUGUAUCCUGUCUCACGCCAAAGUAGUCCCUUGACAUUAGUCGUGUGUUGCUUUCGUAUGGAAACAUCACAUUGGUGCCGAAGAACAUACACCAGGCCAGAACAUCGUUUAGAAUGA